AUGAAGUAUUUUUGCCACCACGGAUGGUCGUUUGAUACCGGUGAAGGAAACAUGCAGCCGUUUUGCGGUGGACAAGACGCAUCUGCGUCGCGAGCUACGUUGAAGGAAACAUCACGACUUGCGCCCCCCAGCAAGAAACGACAGACAUCCGGUCGCCUUGCCACUGGGAGACGCUACGCCGUUUCCCAGCGUAGAAUACAGCGGUGUCUCGCAUCCGUGGCUUCGAUUUCAGCUGUACUCGCGCAGAUACACGUUAUCUCACCGAAGUCUCUCCGAGAUGAGUUUGCCAGGACCGGGUCGACUGUGUAUGGCAAGAAUAUCACAAAGGUUAUUAGUGAGCGUUGGUCGUAUGAGAAGUGUUGCUAGAGAGUAUUCCAGGCUGAGAAAUUAGGAGUUCGCGCUUUUGCUAGGUACAACAUGACUGAUCAAACCAUCUUCAUUUCUGCUACGGAACAACGGCGACUUUCGGCGCACCGUACUACGGGUCACGAGUACUGGGAAAGCUACUAUACGGCGAUAGCAAGACAGGGGAGCAGUACUGCACCAGCGAUGAUUACGACCUUCCGGCAUCGUCUUAUCCGCCAGAUGAAAGCAACCUCAUGCCGAUAGUCUUAGUGCGGCGUGGAAGCUGUAGCUUUGCGAAGAAGGUGAGGAUUGCAGAACAAGACAAGCGCGCAGCUGCAGUCAUCAUCGUUGAUUAUGAGGCAGUGAAAAGAAGUUGUUUAGGCACUGUCGAAUAGCAGGAUAUCUAUCAGAUGUUGCUGUCAUGUUUGGCUACACCCGGCCAAGCGGGUGUCAGCGUAGGUAGUGACAAAGAACAGGAGCAUGUAGCAGCAUGCGGGAGUAUAUGUAAGAUUCAUCAUUUAAAUCCUCCAUUUUACCGCGACCUCGCUUUCAUACUAGCAAAGACGAGUCACCGAAAACGGCAGAGCAGAUACAGGCAACGAUAAUGGCAGACGACGAGAGCGGCACAGGAACUGCAGUGAAGAUUCCGAGUUUGCUUGUGGCGCAUUACGAAGGAAAUAGACUUGUUGAAGCAGUGCGGAAAGCCGAAGAGGAUCAUGAAGCGGUACUGUUUUUGUACUUGGAGGUCGUUUUCACGGACGCAAGUUUGUUGUGCUGCCGCUCCUGUAAAGACGCAUGUGCAUAGCUAGCCAUGCGUGCAGCUUCCUUUUCUGUAAGCGCUAAGGGACUUCCCAUUUGUGCCUCUCCCAGGGAGCAUGUCGAAUCACUCACAUUUUUUCACCUCAACGAACGAACAGGUCAUCGUAAAGCUAGCAUGGGAUAUUCCGCAGUCGAAUUACGUUUUGACGGAUUUCUGGUUUUCGUCUGGGAGUCGCGAAGCAAACCGGUUUCUACAGCAAUUCGCCGAUCUCGCUGAGUCGUUCAAAGAGCUGUUGAGCUUCGUCCCGCACUACCACAUCAUCUCACUGCCAGCGGAGUCCGAUAGCAUGGAGCUUUGUUUGCAGGUACCAGACGACGAAUCGUCAAGCAAGAAUAAGUUUUGCGCACCAGAUCCAGAUGGACCAGGUAAAGCGACAGGAAGGAUGGUAGUGGAGGAGGAUUUGCGACAACUCUGCAUAUUCAAGAACUCCGAGAAGUGGAAGGAUAGCAAGGUAGUUUUAUCUGCUGUAUUUAGUAUAGGAGUGUAUGAGGAAUAGUUGGAUACCUUAUGUUAGAACCAUCAAAUAAUUUCGACCUCAGUGUGCCGUCACUGAAGGUCAUCCCCUUUUCUCAUUAACUCAAAGGUGAAGAACGGUGGCGAGUUAUUCGGAUACAGUGAGGAUUUUUGGAAGUACGUGCGGUCAUUCUGGGCAGACUGUGCUGCGUAUGGCAGGAAUUUCAGCAAGUUUACCAAGUCGUGUUCUGAACGCACAAUGGCGAAGCACGGUAUUGACAAGAGCCAGAUAGAACAGUGCACGCAAAACGAGUGGAAGACGCUAUUGUCACACGAAAUCCGCAACCACGCGUGGUCGCCACUGGCGUUGCGAAUCAACGGCUGGCGGUACUCAGGACCGAUCGAGACGUCUCUCGUCAUGCGUGCUGUUUGCGGAGGCUAUCUGAACAGGCCGCAGCAGUGCGCAGACUUUGCGGAGCUGGUCAAAUACCAGGCGUCGGCGUCGGGAGAUGGACUGGCGAUCACGCUCCCCCGGCUUGGAAUUCUGCUGUGCGUAGUCCUCGUCUUAUUUGCAGUGCUCUUCCGCGUCUACAAGCGGUAUUUGACGAGCAGUGUGCGACACGCACUGCGCGAGGAGGUGAUGCUAGAAGUGCGGUCGCAGAUGGCAGACUACGCACCGCUAGACGAUGGCGGACCUGCAGUCCGCGAGAUGAAAAAAUUCAGUUUCUAGAAGAGGCCUCCUCGAAGGAUGUAAGACCGAAAACUGUAGGAGAAAAUGAGCACUUCUUUUCAAGAUUCAUUUAACCAAGGCCACAUCGAAAAUUCACUAACUCCGAAGAAAUCUAAACGUCUUUUCAAGCAAGAAAAAAAACUAGCACCACAAUCUUUGUCUGAACAAGGUUCGUCCUGUGGUUAAUGUUGUAGCUAGAUAGUAUUUCGAUUUUCUAAAUGGACCUAAAACAAUUCGUCGUUUUCAAAACCUCAAAGCACCCGACCUUGGGUCUUCGAAAAAGCAAGUCGAAAUUGCCGGAAAGGCAGAUCAAGAGGAAGUAAGUUUUUGAAUAUGCUGACAGUGCUUGUAAGAGUGGACGCGUGAGUGGUAUCACAGGGAGCCACCUCAAAGUAUUUGUUAUUUCGUGUUCUUGUCGACGGCAACCACUAAAUUCACGGGAGUGGGA